GAGAGUGUCGCAGUGGAGAGUGUCACAGUGGAGAGUGUCACAGUGGAGAGGGUGAUAUCCGACACCCCGCCACAUUUCAAGUCUUCAACAGCUGUUGCCACAAGCGACGCAUGUCCUCGGAAGCAACUUGAACGGGAGCUGUGAUAGCUUAUCUGGUGGGCGCAGGACUCCACACCGCUCCAGGUCAACACAGCGAAGCAACUUGUUUAUAGGCGCAGCUACUGCUGGAUGUAUGGGAUACUUCGCUAUUGCUGCAUUGUCGUCUCCAAAUCAGGCCUUGAUGUGGAAUACCUUUGAAUCUGACACAGUUGCUAUGCAGCCUUCAUCAUUGGAUGUCCUAGGACUCGGACUACCUGUUACCACGCCGCAUCUGACAAGGAUUCUCUCCUCAGGACGUCGAUGCCAAGAAUGUACAUUCAUGGCGCUAUCAGUAUUUCAACACGGUUACUUUGCCGAUCAGACUUACUUACGCCUCUUCGCGGCCGGCGUAUUGCAAAGCCGGGAGCGUGGCCUCCGAGUUCGUGUCUUCUCACUGGAAGGCGAUCUGGAACAGUGUCCUAUCGCUUCACGCUGCUUAAACAGUAGGUAUUCUUCCUGUCGAAGGGGAUUUCCGCAAUGCGCGACAUGACUAAGGUCUGGACUCUGGGACCAAUGUAGUGCUGGCAGUCUCACCUUUCGGUGAUCAUCGUAAUUUCAGUUUGGAUGUCGCCUCGAGUGAGCCUGCGAAUUCCACGAACACCGUGGUGUCUCUGUUCAUUCGUCCAUACGCUGGUGGAGU